ACGUUAACGUCCACGUUAUUGCGCUUUCUAAAAUAAAUGACUAACGCGUGAACACGCGAUGUGAGCACGGGUUCGCGUUCACAGUUUGAACAGCGUCAGUUCCUCGCUUUGAAUGCUACAUCAUGAAUGUUUGCUAACAGAAGCUACGGUGCUUUAGCCAUGUCGCGAACUGUCGUAACUUCGCACCUCCGCCUCGAAUCCUGCGUUAAAGUGUGUAGCACAUUAGCAGCUAACGUGUUUAGCCCUCAGCUUGUCAUGCUAGCACGUGUAGCACCGGUAUGCUAACGUGUUACAGAAGGACUGACACGUAACCGAGGCCAUGAUGUCCACUACAACAACAUACUAUGAAGUUAACAAUGACACCACAGGACCAGACAGUGUCACCGUGCGGACUGAGGCAAAGGUCAACACUCUCCGAUACAUGCGAUGAGCAGCAUGUAGCAUUUUAACUAGCGUGUCACCAACCUGUUAAACAUUUUCAGUCCUCCCAGGCAUGGAGAGACCCAGAGGGGUUGAAGGGGAAACCGCAGCUUGAUUGACAAUUCCAACCCAAACAGAUAGUUUUCUGCAUUUUCUUAGUUUGUUUUUUUUAAAGAGGAGGAGUCCUCACAUGCUGAUUUGACACGACAAAAACAAGUUACGCUCUGCAUCACAGUGUGGUCCACCAGCCAGCUGAUAUAAUGGUUGCAGAGGACGCAGCAGAGAGUGGGGGCAGAUCAGACACAGAGACAGAGAUGGACCUGAAAGUGCUCGCAUCUGAGACUGCUGAUGAACUCCCAGACAGGGAUGUGGAGAUGGUCGUCUCUGCUUCCGAGGCCCCGGCUCCCUCUGAUGCGCCCACAGUGGAAACCCAGGACCCCAGAACGUGGAAGUGGGCCGUGAUAUUUUUGUGCUUCUAUGGUUUUAUGUCCUCAAUAAGGCCAGGGGAGGCUUUCAUCACACCAUAUCUGCUCAGCCCCGAAAAGAACUUCACCGGGAAACAGGUGACCAAUGAGAUCAUUCCUGUGCUGACAUACUCCUACAUGGCAGUGCUGGUGCCGGCCUUCCUCCUGACGGAUCUUCUGCGCUACAAGCCUGUCCUCGUCAUCCAGGGCAUCAGUCAGGUGGUCAUUUGGCUCAUUCUACUCCUUUGCACCUCUCUCCUCGAGAUGCAGCUCAUGGAGUUCUUCUACGGCAUCACUAUGGCGUGCCGCGUGGCAUACUCCUCGUACAUCUUCUCCCUGGUCAGCCCCAUCCUCUACCAGCGAGUGGCCGGAUACUCGCGCUCCGCUGUCCUCUUAGGGGUGUUUACUAGCUCGGUGCUCGGCCAGCUCUGCUUGUCUUUGGGCAACAUCACCUUCUACACCCUCAGCGCCAUAUCACUGGGUUUCGUCAGCUUUAGCCUGCUCCUGUCGAUGUGCCUGCCGUGGCCGAAACGCUCCUUGUUUUUUAACCAACUGCGGAAUAAGGAGCAAAAGGAACUGGCUGCGUCGGGAGCCACCAAAUCUGAACUGGACAAAAUAAAGCCAAAAGAGAGUGAGUCAUCCUCUGCCGUGCCUCCGUGCUCUGGGUUGCGCUGGAAGGAUUCCUUCUUGCUGCAGAUGCUUUUGGAGGUGAGAAACUUGGUGAAGAAGCCGAACCUGAGGCUGUGGUCCCUGUGGUGGGUGUUCAACUCCACAGGGUACUACCUGGUGUUGUUCAACGUCCACGUCCUGUGGAACACAGUCUACACCGCCACUGAGAACAAGAACGUUUACAACGGCGGAGUGGAGGCAGCUUCGACAUUACUGAGUGCAGUGACGUCCUUCGUGGCAGGAUAUGUGAAAAUCCGAUGGAACGUGUGGUCGGAGCUGGUCAUCGGUGUCAUCACAGCAGUGCAGGCGGGUCUGAUGCUCCUCAUGUGCACCACAGGCAACAUCUGGGUGUGUUACACUGCGUACGUCCUCUUCAGGGGCUUCUAUCAGUUCCUGGUGCCUAUUGCAACCUACCAGAUAGCCUCGUCUCUCACCAAGGAGCUGUGUGCGCUGGUGUUUGGCAUCAACACCUUCCUGGGGACCAUACUGAAGAGCAUCAUCAGCUUCAUAUUUGCUGACAAGAGGGGCCUGGCAAUGGAUGUGCGCACUCAGUUCCUGGUGUUCACGGUUUACUUCGUACUUCUCACCAUCAUCUACUUUGUCUGCGCUGCUGUGGUCAUCAUCCGUCACUAUAGAAACCAGCCCGGAGCAGGAGGCGUGGCCAACGAUCACGCCUCAGCCACAGAGCUCAGUCCCGUGGGAGUAAGUUCAGAGGCAGAACCUUUGUCAAACGGCAACAGUGCCAAAGCAUAACUUCGAGAACGACGUCUCGAUGCCUUGAGCUGUUUCAGGCUCAGCAGGAUCCAUCAUUUCGACCGUAGCUGCUUUCAUACGUGCACUGAUGUGCGGACAUUUUCCCUGACAUUUUUUCAGAGAGGCUGCUCGAGACGUUUUUCGAAAACCUUCCUUGCCUCGAGUAAAAAGUCUGGAAAAUGUCAGAGUGAGCCCAAGUGAGAAAAUAUCCAGAUACCAGUGCAAAACUGGAAGAAUACAAAUACCUCAGGAUGAAAAAGAGGAGCCGAGCACAGAGAAGACGACAAGAAAAAUGUCAACUUAAUACAACAAGUUUCGAGAGCUGUUGGUGGUAAGAGCCGACGUGUUUUAAAUAUAAACACGCUACUUCCACACGGGAAAUUAUACGUCAUGUCCUGCCUCGUACAUGCUCUACCCACCCCUCGCCUCAAUGUCUGCUGUUGUUGCUGCGUCCUUUACUCGUGAAAGGCAAAUUCCUGGAAAAUGUCCGCACCCAAUUCUCUGGGACAUUUUGCGGAGUUCAUGUCUGAAGUGGGCUCUUGUGAUGUGGAUGGAGAGGUACGUUCAGUGUGGAGUCACUGCUGAGCCUUAAUCAUAGAAGUGCCUCAUCUUCUCAUCUUGGGAGAGUUGUGUGUCUGUAUUGUUUGGAUGCUGGUUUGAUGUGAGAAGGAAAAUCUUCUGACGCUAUCUAUGCUUCAGUAUAGAGGAGAACAGAAAGGGACCAUUCAUGUAAUGGCCAAACUUUAACUUCUUUUGUAUUUUGUAUAGGAAACAAACAUAUGAGCUGUCCUCUGUCAAUUCAUUACUGACACAUGACUUGUGGAUCAUUAGCCUUAUUGUUAUCAUCGACACUCCUGAUGCACUAAAUGUUAGAUAAUAACUGUGUCAGUGCCACAUCAGUAUAAUUACUUUUUAUAAAUAUAUAUAGUUUCCUUAUUGUGAUAAUCACAUUUCCACAUCACGAUGUUAUAAAAUCAGAUUAUGACUGCUACUUUCUUUCGACUGAGUAUUAGGGCCACUUCAAGAGAACAGAUCUAGAGAAUGAAAUGUUAAUACUACGACAAUUAAGUCGUAAUAAAUUGAGAAUCUUUGUGCGUUCUCAAUACAGGAUAUUUUCUAAAAAUACUUUUAUUGUUUUUUUCUAAUGUUAUUACAACUUUCUUUUUGUAAUUUUACAGCUUUUUUCUCUCUGACUGUAGUCUCUUAAUUUCUUCUCAUUAAAUUGAAACUCUUCUGACUUUUUUUCUCAUCACACAAUAUUUAAAAUUAGUUUUUUCAAUAUUUUCAACUUUUUUUUAGGAACUAUGAUUUUGUUUCUCAGUAAAAUAUGACUUAACUUUUCUAAUAUGACGUUUUUCAAAUAAGAUCUCAAAUGUAUUCUUGCAAUAUCACCUUCAUUCUUAUUCCCUUAUUGUAAUGUUUGUUUUACUGUGUGACCCAAAUACUCMGUCGUAAACUCCUCCCACUGCCUUUCUAUCAGUUUACACUGCACAUUAUUAUUUUUGUUGUUACACUGAUAAUGUUGAUCUUUGACRACCAUCUCUAAAUUUAGAUACAUCCGGUACAGAGUGUGUUGUGUAGGAAAAACUCUCUUUAUUACCACUUUGGUUUCUCGUCAGUAUCUCAGUCAAUAUUCCUGCUGCUAAUUCUCUGUCUGGUACUUGUGAGAAGAAGAAACUCAGAGACGAGCUUCAGCUCCAGGGUCAAAACUCAGCUACUUCUACAAUGAGAAACUGAAGAAGACGCUGGUGUCAGGCCUGAGGGAAACAUAGGAAUGUAACAGACAUUCAGUAAGAUGAGGCUGAGUGUUUCUUACACUAGUUUCUGUUUAUGACGUUAACUGAGCUUUGAGUUGGAUUACAUUCAGAAUGUAGAGAUAUUUUUUAUUUUGAUUGAAAUAGUUGCUGAGUAAUGAUGAAACUGUGAAUCUGUCUGAAUGCUGUAAAAGGAAAACUAAUGUAAAUCARAUGUUUAUUUUGUAUUCACAAAUAAAUGACAUUUAAUGGAUUAAAGAAAA